AUGGAAGAAACUAUAGAUUAUAAAGUUAGAAACUCAACUUUGUUUCCACAUAAUAUUACAGUGGAGGAUUGUCGGUUAGCUAUAAAAGAUGUUGUAGGUUUCAGAGAGGUCAAGCGAGAGAAUACAAUCGUUUUCACAUAUGAUUCCCUAUACGAUGAAUCAUUUCCAAAUCCAGAUGAAGAAUCCGAUCCAAAAAAGUCAUUCCUUCUCAAGAUUAGAAGAGAAUGUCGUGGUAUCAUAUUCGAUCAAUCCAAUGGUAAAUUACUUUCAAGAAAAUUUCACAAAUUCUUUAAUAUAAAUGAAUUAAGAGAAACAAAAGCUGAAUUAAUAGAUUUAAAUCAACCAUUUAUUUUAACUGAAAAAGUUGAUGGUUCAUUGAUUGCACCGAUUUUAGUUGGUGGAUCGGUUUUGUGGGGAUCGAAACAAGGUGCAUCUACAGAUCUUGCAGACAAGAUUGAGGAUUUCAUUGCUAGAAAUCAAGAGUUCUAUUCAUACAAUCAAUUUUCAUUGGAAUGGCUAAACAAAGACUAUACACCAAUGUUUGAAUACUCUUCGAAAUCACAACAAAUCAUCUUGUUCUACGGUGAGGAAAAGCUAAGUUUGAUAGGUAUCAGAGAUAAUGUCACUGGAGCAUAUAUUUCCUAUGAAGAGAUGUCAAAGUCUGCCACUGGAUUUAAUGUUCCAGUGAUAAAGAGAAUCGAUAUUGCCAAUCAUCCGGAGCUCUCACUGAUAAAGACAACCACAGACUUGGUGCAUGCAGCCAAGAGAAUGAGAAAUGUCGAAGGAUUCGUUCUGAAGUUGGAAAACACUGGACACCACUACAAGGUAAAGACCGAGUGGUAUAUUGAUUUGGCACGGCUUCACUUGCAGUCUCCCAAGGAAGUGAAGAAUGAAAAGGAUGUUUGGUCACUCAUUCUCUCUGGUCACAUCGAUGACACCAUCGCGAUGUUGUCAGACACGUUGGAAACCGACGAACUCUCACCGAUCAACCAGAAGCUAAUACGGAUCAAGAAGUUUUCCGCUGUGCUGAUUGAGCGUAUUGAAAUUGUUGCACGUGGUCUCAUUAAACUGUACUUGACAGAGAAGCAAUCGGCGUAUUCAGAGUUGGACGGAUGUCAAUCAAAGAAACUGAUCGCCGGUGCCUUUCAGUUUUACGACUUGAUAAAAGAAGAUUCGACUUUGGAAGAACACAUCUCAUUCGUCACAACAGCAAUUCAAAAGAAAUGUAAAGAUUCAACAAAUAACUCUGCAAAACUUGAAGAAUGUCGUAAAGAAAUAAUUAUGGUUGUUAUUGAAGAUUAUACACCUUUUUUAAGUAGUCGUGCUGCUCGUAGAAGACCAUCACCUUUGAGAGAACUAGUAAAAUAUGCAACUAAUCCAGAGAUUAUUUCUUUGGGUGGAGGAUUACCAAAUCCAAAGACAUUCCCAUUCAAGAGUUUCAAAUUUGAAUUAAAAGAUGGUACUUCUAUUGAUAUCGAAGGUUCAAACUUGGAGACUGCUUUACAAUAUACACCGACCUAUGGUAUCCCAAGCUUCAUCAAAUGUCUUAAAGAUCUUCAAAAGAGAAUACAUAACCUACCAGAAUCAAAUACAUCAGGUCAAGAAUGGGAAAUUGAAAUUACAACUGGUAGUCAAGAGGCUUUGGCAUUAGCUAUUGAAACUCUUUUAGAAGAAGGUGAUUCAGUUAUUCUUGAAUCUCCAACUUAUUCCGGAACAUUAUCAAUUUUAAAUCCUUUGAAUUUACAUUUGGUUGGUAUUGAUAUCGAUGGAAAUGGAAUGAAACCAGAUGAAUUGGAGAAUACUCUUGCCAAUUGGGAUACCUUACACUCUGGUAAACCAUUCCCAAGAGUAUUAUAUACAAUCCCAACAGGACAGAAUCCGUCGGGUUGCACUCUGUCCGUCGAUAGAAAAUAUAAGAUCUAUGAAAUCUGUUCAAAGUACAAUCUCAUCAUUUUAGAGGACGAUCCAUAUUAUUUCUUACAGUUCCCAACUGGUGACGAUGCUAAUCAGCAGGUACAACUGCCACCAACAUUCAUAUCGAUGGAUACCGAUCGUCGUGUUCUCCGUUUCGAUUCGUUCUCCAAGAUCUUGUCGUCGGGUUUGCGUCUCGGUUGGAUCACCGGACCUGCCAAACUGGUGGAACGUGUUCAGUACAACCAGCAAGCCACAACUCUUCACGCCAGUGGAGUAUGUCAAACCAUUGCAAUGACACUACUAAACACAUGGGGAUUCGAUGGAUUCAUGAAUCACUUGAAUACCGUCCAGAGAUUCUACAAAGAACGUAGAGAUAAAUUCGUAGAGUAUGCAAACAAGCAUUUGGAUGGAUUGGUUGAAUUCGAUGCUCCGGUUGCCGGUAUGUUUAUUUGGAUGAAACUCAAAGGUAUUCCAGAUUCACAUCCACUCAUCUACAAGAAAGCAUUCGAGAAGAAAGUCAUCAUGGUUCCAGGCGGUGAAUUCACCCCAGACCGUUCCAAACCAAACUCCUACGUCAGAGCAUCAUUCUCUGUUGCAUCCUACGAACAAAUGGAAGAAGCAUGUAAACGUUUAGCCUCAUUAAUCAAAGAGAAUCAAAUUGAACAAUCAUAA